UACUAUCGCUUUCAUUUCUAUUGAGUUGUAUUUUUCUACAACAAUGUGGAAUUCGGCCGAGAAUCUGUCGGCGAGAUCCUCAUCGUUUCGAGAAGACGGAGACGACGAGGAGGCGCUGCGGUGGGCGGCGAUUGAGCGGUUGCCGACUUAUAAUCGAGUUAGGAAGGGGAUAUUUACGAAUAUUGUUGGAGAUUCGAAAGAAGUUGAUGUGAAUAAGCUUGAAGUUGAGGAGCUGAAGCUGGUGUUAGAUCGGUUGUUGAAUUGUGAGGAUGAUGAUCGGAAGCGGUUUUUCGAUAGAAUGCGGCGGAGAUUUGAUGCGGUAGAUUUGGAAUUUCCAAAGAUUGAAGUGAGAUUUCAGAAUUUGAAUGUAGAAACUUUUGUUCAUGUUGGUAGUAGAGCAUUGCCAACCAUUACCAAUUUCAUUGUUAACAUGACAGAGGCCUUUUUAAGACAAUUGAGGAUAUACAAAGGGAACCGAAGAAAACUGACGAUUUUGGAUGAUGUUAGUGGGAUUAUUAGACCUUCAAGAAUGACAUUGCUUCUCGGUCCUCCAAGCUCCGGAAAGACGACCCUGUUGUUGGCCUUGGCUGGACGCCUCGGAAAUCAUUUGCAGGUGUCAGGAAAAAUCUCGUACAAUGGCCAUGGUUUUAAGGAGUUUGUUCCUCAAAGAACAUCGGCGUAUGUCAGUCAACAAGAUUGGCAUAUUGCAGAAAUGACGGUUAGAGAAACGCUUGACUUGUCUGCACGUUGUCAAGGUGUUGGAUUUAAAUACGAUAUGCUUACCGAACUUACAAGACGAGAGAAAGUUGCAGGAAUACGACCUGAUGAAGAUCUCGAUAUAUUUAUGAAGGCGUUGGCCUUAGGGGGACAUGAAACAUCUCUUGUUGUGGAGUACAUCCUAAAGAUCUUAGGCUUGGAUACAUGCGCAAACACGUUAGUCGGAGAUGAAAUGCUCAGAGGGAUCUCGGGGGGCCAAAAGAAACGGCUUACAACCGGUGAACUAUUGGUGGGCCCGUCUCGAGUUCUUCUCAUGGAUGAAAUAUCAAACGGUCUUGAUAGCUCAACCACUUACCAAAUUGUUCAAUAUCUUAAACAUUCAACGCGUGCGCUUGAUGGAACCACAGUAGUUUCUCUUCUUCAACCUGCUCCCGAAACGUACGAUUUGUUUGACGAUAUUAUACUCAUUUGUGAGGGCCAUAUAGUAUACCAAGGUCCCCGAAAUGCCGCUCUUGAUUUCUUUGCGUCUAUGGGGUUUCACUGUCCCAAACGAAAGAACGUUGCAGAUUUCCUUCAAGAAGUUGUUUCUGAAAAGGAUCAAGAGCAAUAUUGGUCGGUUCCAAAUAGACCUUAUUGCUACAUUCCAGUCAAAAAGUUUUCUGAAGCAUUUCGUUCAUAUCGAGUGGGGAAGAACUUAGUCGAGGAGUUAAACGUUCCAUUUGACCGACAAUAUAAUCAUCCAGCAGCAUUGUCAGCUUCUAGUUACGGUGUAAAGCGAAGCGAACUUCUUAAGACAAGUUUUAACUGGCAAUUGCUGCUCAUGCAACGGAACUCGUUUAUCUAUGUUUUCAAAUUCGUUCAGCUUCUGUUUGUUGCAUUCAUCACAAUGAGUGUUUUCUUCCGGACAACUUUGCAUCAUAGAACGGUUGAUGACGGAGGGCUAUAUCUCGGAGAACUCUACUUUUCAAUGGUUAUUCUUCUUUUUAACGGGUUCACAGAAGUCUCAAUGUUAGUUGCAAAGCUUCCGGUGAUCUACAAGCAUCGAGAUUUACAUUUCUACCCUUGUUGGGUUUAUACACUUCCUUCUUGGGUUUUAAGUAUCCCGACUUCACUCAUUGAGUCCGGUAUUUGGGUCGCAGUUACAUACUAUGUUGUCGGACUUGAUCCAAAUAUUAUCAGGUUUUUAAAGCAGUUUCUGGUGUUUUUCUUCCUACACCAAAUGUCUAUCAGUCUGUUCCGUUUGAUGGGAUCAUUGGGGCGUAAUAUGAUAGUUGCUAAUACUUUUGGAUCUUUUGCUAUGUUGAUUGUUAUGGCUCUUGGUGGAUAUGUAAUUUCGAGAGAUAGUAUACCAAGUUGGUGGAUUUGGGGUUUCUGGAUUUCUCCGUUGAUGUAUGCUCAAGAUGCAGCAUCUGUGAAUGAGUUUCAUGGGCAUUCUUGGGAUAAAAGAGCGAAUCAGUCGAUGAUGACAUUAGGCGAGAAGGUGCUGAAAGCACGCAGUAUUUUCCCGCAGACUUAUUGGUAUUGGAUCGGUCUCGGCGCUUUGCUUGGAUAUACAAUAUUAUUCAAUGCCCUUUUCACUUUCUUUUUAUCUUACCUUAACCCCUUGGGAGGGAGCCAAGCUGUUGUUUCUAAAGACGAACAAAAGGACAAAGAUGGAAAAAAGAACGGUGAAAGUGUUGUCAUUCAGCUCAGAGAGUUUUUGGAGCAUUCAGGCUCAUUCACUGGAAAGAAUAUUAAUCAAAGAGGCAUGGUUCUACCAUUCCAGCCACUUUCCAUGGCAUUCAGCAAUAUCAAUUAUUACGUUGAUGUCCCUCCGGAAUUGAAGGAGCAAGGUGUUGCAGUAGAUAGACUGCAGUUAUUGGUGAAUGUUACGGGAGCAUUUAGGCCUGGUGUGCUUACUGCAUUAGUGGGAGUAAGCGGUGCCGGUAAGACCACGUUAAUGGAUGUAUUGGCGGGCCGGAAAACCGGUGGAGUAAUAGAGGGAAGCAUUUAUAUUUCCGGAUAUCCAAAGUCACAAGAGACUUUUGCUAGAAUUUCCGGUUAUUGUGAGCAAAAUGACAUCCAUUCCCCUUGUUUGACUGUUCUAGAAUCACUUCUGUUCUCUGCUUGGCUUCGUUUACCUUCAGACGUUGACUGCAAAACACAAAAGAUAUUUGUUGAGGAAGUGAUGGAACUUGUUGAACUCACGCCACUAAAAGGUGCAUUGGUUGGUCUGCCUGGUGUUGACGGCUUAUCAACCGAGCAAAGAAAACGGUUGACUAUAGCCGUUGAGUUAGUUGCCAACCCAUCUAUAGUAUUUAUGGAUGAACCCACUUCAGGGUUAGAUGCAAGAUCUGCAGCUAUCGUCAUGAGGACCGUUAGAAACAUUGUAAACACGGGCCGGACUAUUGUCUGCACAAUACAUCAACCCAGCAUUGACAUUUUCGAGGCCUUUGAUGAGCUCCUGUUUAUGAAGCGAGGAGGACAACUCAUCUAUGCGGGCCCACUUGGUCCCAGAUCAUGCAAACUUGUCGAGUAUUUUGAGGCAAUUGAAGGAGUGAAGAAGAUAAAAUCCGGACAUAAUCCCGCAACAUGGAUGUUAGAGGCUACUUCACCGGCAGAAGAAACCCGAUUAGGUGUAGACUUUGCUGAAGUCUAUAGGCAAUCCAAAUUAUUUAUACGCAAUAGAGAUUUGGUCGAAAGGCUAAAGAAACCGAGAAAUGAUGCAAAAGAACUGCAUUUUCCAACCAAGUAUUCCCGAUCGUACAUGGAUCAGUUUGCUACAUGUCUUUGGAAACAAUACCUUUCUUAUUGGCGAAACCCGCAGUACACUGCAGUUCGGUUUUUCUACACUUCAAUCAUUUCACUCAUGCUUGGAACAAUAUGUUGGAGAUUCGGUUCUAAACGGGAGCAUCAGCAGGAUUUAUUUAAUGCCAUGGGAUCCAUGUACUUAGCGAUACUGUUUAUAGGAAUUACCAAUGCGACAGCUGUCCAACCCGUUGUUUCUGUAGAACGAUUUGUUUCAUACAGAGAAAGGGCUGCUGGCAUGUAUUCAGCUCUACCCUUCGCCUUUGCUCAGGGUGCAAUUGAGUUUCCUUAUGUGUUAGCACAAGCACUUAUAUACAGUACCAUAUUUUACUCCCUAGCUGCAUUUGAAUGGACAACAUGGAAAUUUAUAUGGUACAUAUAUUUUAUGUACGUCACGAUGCUGUACUUCACUUUUUACGGGAUGAUGACAACUGCUGUGACGCCCAAUCACAAUGUAGCUGCCAUUAUUGCUGCUCCGUUUUACAUGUUGUGGAAUCUUUUCAGUGGUUUUAUGAUUCCUCAUAAGAGAAUUCCGAUAUGGUGGAGAUGGUAUUAUUGGGCCAACCCUGUAGCAUGGACUCUUUACGGACUGUUCGCAUCCCAAUACGGCGACUUAGAUAAUCUCGUAACAUUAUCAGAUGGAGUCACCUCUAUGCCUAUAAAACUAUUAGUCAACAAAGUGUUUGGUUACAGACAUGAUUUUCUUGGCGUUGCGGUUUUCAUGGUGUUUGGCUUCUGCUUCCUGUUUGCAGUCAUCUUUGCUUUCGCUAUAAAAUCGUUUAUCUUCCAAAAGAGGUAAAAAGAAGGAAGCGAAAACGAUGGGUUUAUGUUCCUUCUAUCGAUUAAAAAAACUAUAGAAAACGUUUUAAAUUUGUGAAUUGGUUAUAUAUAUAUAGAAUGUUGUAGAGGACAUGUUUAGAUUUAUUCUUUUUUCGGGUUGAAUAAUAAGGCCUGGUGUUGUAUUUGCAGCAAAGUUUGUGACUAGCAAAUUCAUUAGUUUAUAAUACUUUCUUUAUA